AUAAUAUUAUUACUUUAUCGUCGCUGCGACCAGUGUAUUUCCCGUGGUCGCGGCGUGGUGUUUUCCGAGGCGGUCUCCGUAGACUUUAACGAUUUCGCCGAUACGCGAGGUGUUUCUCUAGUGUCCGAUUUUGUUUCCACCGCAGUUGUUGCAAAUUAAAUAUUCUUGAUUGCACGCAGCACGCCGCAUUCUGAAACGAGACUCGUCAGACGUGUAUGACAGCACCGGAAAAAAAACCUAUUUUCAAUAUAACAAUAUAAUUAUUGUUAUCAUACGAUCGACGGGUUCGGUUCAUGCAAUUACCGCGCUGAUAUUAUUAUAAUGAUGAUUUCUCAGUGAUACGAUCGUAACAAUAAUAAUAAUAUUAUGUAUAUCAAACUCAACGUUCCGCCAGUCUUCAAACAGAUGUUCGCCGCGUCCGGACCUCUGAUAGUGACACUCGGUUCCGGGAUGACCGUCGGGUUUUCGGCCGUUCUGUUACCGCAGCUCAAGGACGACCGAUCGACCAUCAAAAUCAGCAGCCAUCAAGAGUCGUGGAUAGCCAGCAUGGCAGCGCUACCGAUGGCCGUGGGCAGCGUACUGGGUGGCGUGGCCAUGGACAAGCUAGGCCGGAAGACCACCAACCUGCUCAUCUGCGUGCCGUUCGUGCUCGGCUGGACGGCCGUGUCGAUGGCCACCGGUGUGACGGGCGUGUACGUGGGUCGGCUGAUGACGGGCCUCAGCACUGGUCUGCUUGGCCCACCAACGGCCGUAUACAUUGCCGAGGUGACAGAGCAGCGUUACCGGGGCGCUGCGCUGGCCAUGAUCUCUUUCUCGGUAUCGGCCGGUAUAUUGGCCGUGCACACAAUGGGCACGUUCCUCGGCUGGCGACUGGUAUCAGCCCUAUGCUCGGCCGUGCCGUUCGCCGGCUACGUGCUCAUAUGGUUCACACCCGAGUCACCUGUCUGGCUGCGCGAGGACGAGGACAGGCGCCACCGCCGUCGAACCCCUGCAGUCUGCGAUCCCGCGAGUGGCGGUGUACCGUCGAGGCCACCACCGGAAAUCGAUUCGCAGCCACCGCUGUCGGCCGUCAAGCCGACGGCACGCCAGUGCUUCAGUAGGCCGUCAUUUCUGGGGCCGCUGGCCGUACUGUCCACGUUCUUUUUCGUCCAACAGUUCUCGGGUGUCAACGCGGUGGCUUUCUACUCGGUGACGCUGCUCAAACGCGUUGGGCCCGAUCUCAACGAGUACCACUGUACCAUGGCCUUGGACGUCAUCCGGCUGGCCGUGUCCGUGCUGGCGUGUGGCCUGACUAAGAGGUACGGCCGCCGGCCGCUAGCCGUCGUCUCAGCCGUAGGCACAUGCGUGUCUCUGCUUUGCCUGGCCGCCUCGGUCCGAGACUCAGGCACCCCUGCCACCGCAGGUAGCGUGGCCGUACAUGCGGUCCCAGCUCCGGCGGCCACUGCCAGCCUGGCACCCGUCAUGUCCAUCGUCGCGUACAUGGUGUUCGUCAAUAUCGGGUUGGUGCCGUUGCCUUGGAUCAUGUCCGGCGAGAUGUUUCCCGGAUAUUGCCGAGAACUCGGCAGCGGCUUGUCCACGUGCUUCGGGUUCGUCAUGUUCUACGCGGUGAUCCAAAUCAGCCCUUAUCUGCUGACCAACAUCGGCACGUCGAUAACGUUUUACAUUUUCGGCACCGUAUCCGGCGUCGGUGCGUUAUUCCUCUAUCUGUGUCUACCGGAAACCAAAAACAAGUCAAUGGAAGAUUCGACGUGACAAAUCGCGUGAUAAACGUCAACGGUCCUACAUGAAUGCGUAACGUUAUUGUAUCGUUUCUGGACGGAGCCGCAGACGAAAAUUUAAGUCGUUUGGCCGGCAGAUCUCGCCCGGUGUAUGUUUUGCCGUUCAAAUUAUCAGAAAUAAACGAUAAUAAUGUUACCCUGUUUUACCAUAAUAUUAUGUUUUAGCCGAUCGUUUGAUAAUAAAAACGAUCUUAACUAUAUAAAAAAACAAUAUUAUUAUUAUUAAACCCAUUUGUGAUUUUAUGUUAUGUUCAUAUUCAAAAAGUAGUCGAUAACAGUAAUAUUAUAAAAUAGUAUACGUGCCUCUAGCCUAUUAUUAUUUAAAUUAAAUAAUAAACAUUAUACAUUUAUACCUACAUGAUAGGUAUGGUAUGCCAUUAUUAUAAACACAUUACACAUGUACAUAAUAUAUUAUAUGUAUUAGCAGUGUUGUGCAUUAUCUAUUUGUCUCUUCAUUUCUAUAAAAAAAAUUAAAGUAUCAUUUUAUCUAUCUAUAAAAAAAAAUUUAAGUAUCAUUUUAUUUAAAUAAAAUUAUUAUCUGGGAUAAAUUACCUAGAUAAUUUUUUUUUUGAUAAUAUUUUUGGUUUUAUUUUUACAAGACAAAUGUUUUAUGUGAUUGGUGUUAAUUUUUCUUAUUUAUAUGAAAUAGCCUAUUAAUUCGAUAUUAUUUUCAUAUUCAUUUAGUUAUUUUAUGUAUAUUUAUUUUUAUUACAUGUAUUUUAUUUCAGUUAUUUUUUAAUUGUAAUAUAUUGUCCAUUGUCUAACUGAUGGGUAAUC